UUAGAGUGUGUGUGUGUGAGUGUGUGUUUAAUAGUUCUGUACGGUCUAGAGUUGUUGGUAUUGUUUUGAUUGUGGAACAUUCCUGUAACAUGCCAUCAUUACUGAUGAAAUAGAGAAAAGGGAAGAAACAGGAGGCUGGAGAGCGCUAGGAGGGAUUUGAGAACAAACGCUGUUCUCUCUAGGAUGGAGACUGAGCUACAUUUAACACACACACACACACACACACAGUGAGAAUGUAGUACUUCAGCCAGUGAAAGUGAAGCGACUGACGGACACAGAUGCAUCGUAUCACUGACACAGAACCAAACGACAUGCAGGAUUUAACAUCAGGUGUUCUGAUCUGGUGUGUCAUCGGUCAUGGCGCUGGUCCAGUCUCUCCCCGUGUCUAUUGACCAUCCGGGACCAGGCCUGGACCCGCGUCUCCAUCCCGCCUCACCUCCCAUGAUGGGAGCGAUGGGUGCCGUCAGCAGCAUGAUGCAGAGUCACGUCUCUUAUCCUGACCGCGCUAACAUUGAGGUCAGCACCAGAUUCCGCAAGGGCACGCCGGGCUCCGGACGCCUGCUGUCCGAAACCUCACAGGACGCUCAGAGGGGAAGCCGGACUCCGUCCAGCAAGAGGAGGAACAUCGCUAGUAGGACCAAGGGCUUCGGUACUCGUUCAUAUUCGCAUGAGGACUUGAUAAGGGACUGGGAAGAUAAUCAUUUGGAUGUGGGUACAACUGGUUUGGACGCACCUCCGAAACUGGUUCCAGUGUCUGGACAAUUAGAAAGAAACGUUCAGCAGGCCAUAAUCAGACCCACUGCCUUCAAACCCGUGCUCCCUAGGAGCCGUAACGGCGUGCAGUAUCUGUCCCCGCGGCUCGGAGCCGGUCUGUCGGGAAGCCAAGGAAACCUCAGCAUGAGUUCUGCAGAGGACGAAGAUGUUGGGCCGGCGACCAUGGAACGGCGCAGUUCUUACAGCGGCGCUCGCAACGCUUUGACCAGCCAGUCCUUUACCAUGACGGACACGGCUCGCAACUCUUUAACCAACCUGCCGGCGUAUAACAGCCCCGUGUACAACCCCAGCCACAGCGAGGCGAGCAAACAUCACGGAAACUCCAACUCGGACAGCGGCCGCUCCUCGUCCAGCAAGAGCACGGGCUCCCUGAGCGGCCGCGGACCCCUGCUGACCGAACCGCUGUCCCCGGCACCCAUCCAGACCUACGAGGCCAUCGUCAGAGACCUGGAGGACAAGCUGAGGGAGCGAGACCUGGAGCUGCAGCAGCUCCGAGAAAACCUGGACGACAACGAAGUAGCCAUCUGUCAGGUGUACGAGGAGCGCCAGAAGCGCACAGAGCUGGAGAUGGAGGAGUUCAGACAGACGUGUGCGGCGAAGAUGCAGAAGGCGUCUCAUAAAGCGCAGCGCGAGCAUCAGCUCCUGCAGCUCCAGGUGUUUCAGCUUCAGCAGGAGAAGAAGAAGCAGCAGGACGACAUGACACAGCUCCUGCAGGAGCACCAGAGACUCGAGGAGCGCUGCACAUCCUACGAACGAGAACACACACAGCUGGGGCCCAGACUGGAGGAGACCAAGUGGGAGGUGUGUCAGAAGUCUGGAGAGAUCUCCCUGCUGAAGCAGCAGAUGAAGGACCUGCAGGCGGAUCUGGCGCAGCGUGUCGGUGAGCUGGUGACGCUGCGUGGACAGCUGCGAGAGGUUCGAGCCGAGCUUCAGACGUGUCAGAGUCAGCUGCAGGAGGCGCACACAGCCUCACACACACGGACGCUGGAGCUCGAGGUCUGCGAGAACGAACUGCAGCGCCGCAAGAGCGAGAACCAGCUGCUCCGGGACAAAAUAAGCCGUCUGGAGGAAGAGUCGUCUCACCUGCGCACAGACGACAGCGAGGAGCUGAAGGCACACAAGCAGCAGAUCGACCGGCUGAAGGCGGAGCUCGCUUACGAAACCCAGCGCUCGUCCAAUCAGGCGUCAGCGUUUGAGAGCGAGAGAAAGAGCUGGGAGGAGGAGAAGGAUAAAGUGAUCCGCUAUCAGUCUCAGCUGCAGCAGAACUACGUGCAGAUGUACAAGAGGAACCGAGAUCUGGAGCGAUCGCUCCGUCAGCUCAGCCUCGAGCUGGAGAACCGGGAACAGGACGAUGACAGCAGCGGGAACGAAGUCACGUUCGACGACAUCGCUGCGACCGAGAUCUGACAUCAGUAAUCGUCUACUGCCGCACUCAUUUCAGAUUGUGCCGAGUUAGAAACCGUUCACACAGAAUGCGUUUUUAGAAAGCGAGACACAUUAAUGCGUGAGUGCAAAGGUCAAACACAUGCAUGGAGCGUUGAGAACCAGUGGAAUCUGUGUGAACGGCUCCUAAUACCUUUUCAUGUUUGUUAAAUGAUUAGUGUGGCACAAUAAUUGGUGCAACUUCGUUAACUCUGUGUCAUUCAUUCUUUUGGACAUGUGACACAAACUCACAGAAGUGCACUUUUUAUUUCCAUCAGCUACGUUUCCAUCCAAAGUUGCAAAUAAAACUUGGAACACUGCGUAAAACUGUCGCGAAUAAAGCACGUUUCCAUCAAGAGGAAGAAAAUGGUUGGCGGAAAUAAUAACUAUUAAAAUAGUACUAUUAAUAAGGAUGCCUGGCGUUUGGGACGCAAUCACGUGAGACACUUCUGAGGGGGAACUAAAAAAUAAAUAAAUAAGAAUUGACAUUAUAAGAAUAAAGCCGUAGCAUUGCGAGAUUAAAGUCGUAAUAUUUUGAGAAUAAAGUCAAAAUGACCAGAAUAAAGUCGUAGGAAUAUGAGAAUAAAGUAUUGUAAGAUUAGAGUUGAUAUGUUUAGAAAAAAAAAGUCGUAGCAUUGUGCGAUUAUUCUCAUAAUAAUACUUUACUCUUUCAGCGCACAAUACUACGGCUUUUCUCGUAAUCGACUAUUUUCGAAAUCUAUUUGAAAAUAAAUCAAAAUUUCAUCUUGUAUUUCUUAAAUUUGUUUUUUUUUUAUAUGUAAAAUACAACAUAUUUCUGCAACUUCACUCUAAUAUUGAAGUGACUUUUGACUUCAUUCUCAAAAUAUAAAAUCUCUAAAGUCAAAAAUCACCAGAUCUAAGUCAUAAAAAGUUGUAAUAUUUUGAAAAUAAAGUUAAAAACAUUUUUUUUUUACAUUAUGGCACUAAGACGCUGUUGUUGUUCUCAGGCGUUUCAUAACGAGUCAGACUUUAUUUGAGAUGGUGUGUGAUGAGACUGGUUUGCUGGUUUAAAGUCAAAAGUACAGUAAUACUGUGAUUGUGCCGUGUCAGAAUUACUGUAAACGAGCGUCUGAUCAGUAAACGCUGCUCAAGUCUUUGUUGAACUCGUAAUUACAAAGAUAGAACCUCAAGCUACUCUCACGUAAAAAAAAAAGGGUUUUGUUCUUUAGUAGUUUAAUGCAUUUAUGACGUUUUAGGCUCUUUAAAUCAACAAAGCUGCACAUGCAUCCAAGAAGAAUCUGUUGCAGUAAUUUUGACACGACUGAACGCGGUGUGAUUUAACACUAAUGUGAGGAAUAUAAACUCUCUUCUUUCAUAAAAAGCUAUUGACUGUUAUAUUUACACCAAAAUAAACCCAUUACUCCUCACAGACGCUCACAUAAUAACGUAUAGAAGCGUACCAUGUAGAAGCCACUGUGAAUAGACCAAAGCCGUGCUUGCAUCUCGUGGGUGAUUGUGGCGGUAUUGUAAUUUUUUAAUUAAAUAACAGUAUUUGUAUGAAGCCAAUACAUUGUAUAUUUUUCGUGCUGUAUAUUUAAUGUUCCUAUGAGCGGUUUGUAAUUAAACACCUGCAGUGACUCAC